AUCGCGAUCCUACUCCUUCACUUCACCAUAGCAUAGCUGAAGCCUAUCUUCUUUUUACUAGUAGUGUUACAAUCGCAAUGGCUUAUUCUUCUUUACUAUCUCUUAGUCUCUGCUUUCUUGUUUUCUUCCACGGUUGUUUUGCUCAAAUAGAGCAAGUAACGACGGAACCUAGAGGGUUCCCACCCCAUCAGCGUCAACAGCGCCCGCAACGGGAAGAAUGCCAACUCGACCGCAUUAGUGCCGUCAAACCCAAUCGGAGGAUCCAAUCGGAAGCUGGUGUUACAGACGUCUGGGACGAAAAUGAUUUUCAGUUUCAAUGUGCUGGUGUUGUAGCUAUGCGCCAUGUUAUUCAACUGAGAGGCCUUCUGUUGCCACAAUACGUGAAUGGACCCACGCUAGUAUACGUAGUUCAAGGCAUCGGCGUCCAGGGAGUUGUAUUCCCAGGUUGUCCUGAGACAUUCCAGUCAUCACAAUCACAGUCACAGUCACAAUAUAGUCAUUCGCAAAGACAGAGCCAGAGAGACCAGCACCAAAAGGUUCGACAAAUCCGAGAGGGCGAUGUCAUUGCCUUGCCUACGGGAGUAGCUCAAUGGGUAUACAAUAAUGGACGGACUCCUCUUGUUCUGGUUCAGGUUAUCGACACCAACAAUCCGACCAACCAGCUCGAUCAAAAUCACAGAGUAUUUUUUGUCGCUGGGAACCCACAACAAGAUAUACAGAGUCAGAGAGGCGAAUUCGAGAGAGGUAGGGGAAGGGAGAGCAGCCAAAGCCGGAGGCCAGUUGAGAGUGAAAGAUCUGGAAAUGUCUUUUCAGGCAUGGACGAGCGGGUGCUAGCUGAAGCUUUCAACGUCAACACAGAUCUUGCAAGAAGACUAAGGGGCGAAGACGAUUACAGGGGCAUCAUCGUGAAUGUCCAGCGUGGGCUUGAGGUGAUAAGCCCACAACGAAGCCCAGAAGAAGAAAGACAAAUAAGAGAGGAACAACAACAGCGAGAAUUCCAGAGGGGAUCACGUGGAAGCGGCAGAUACAAUGGCGUUGAGGAAACUUUCUGCACAGCCAGGUUGAGACGCAACGUUAACGAUCCAUCAGAUGCUGACAUCUUCAACCCACGUGCUGGCCGUGUCACCAACGUCAAUAGCCACAACCUCCCUAUACUCAGAAACCUCCAACUUAGCGUUCAGAGAGGUGUCCUGUACAGGAAUGCUAUAUUUGCACCACACUGGAACGUGAAUUCCCACAGCAUAUCCUACAUCACAAGAGGAAGUGGUCGUAUCCAAAUAGUUGAUGACAAUGGGAACACAGUGUUUGAUGGGCAGGUUCAGGAGGGCCAAAUGCUAACAGCCCCACAAAACUUCGUGGUAGUGAAGAGGGCAAGCGUCCAAGGUCUAGAGUGGGUAUCCUUCAAAACUAAUGACGCCGCCAAAAUUAGCCAACUAGCAGGACGGGUCUCUGCAAUCAGGUCCAUGCCAGUGGAAGUGGUAGCAAACGCAUACCAGGUUUCCAGGGAGGACGCCAGGAGGCUCAAGGAGAGUAGACAGGAAGUCACUCUGCUUAGCCCUUGGUCUAGGUCUCGAUUCAAUGCUACUGAAGGCAACGAAUAAAUACUACUGCAACCAUGCAAUUGUAUGUAAUAAGGAGGAAAAAUGCUAGUUAGUACUAGGGUUUUUUGAAAAAAUAAGCCUUGGUUGGCAUGAGGACCAGUUUUGGUUCUUUUUACUAUGAUAUGAAUGUAUAUUAUAACUUGCGGCAGAAUGAAAGUUUAUAUGAAUCCUAGACAUUUAUUUAUUUA